GUCAAAGUCGGCUGGACCAGAAGGUGUCGGAGAAGAUGGUGUUGGAUCUUCUCAUUCUAGUCGGAUUCAUGGUCGUCGGCAACUCACAAUUACAGGAAACCAUCUGCGAUGGCUGGUCCGUGAUAAGAACCAUCUGCAAUCUACCGGCCAACUGGCUGGUGGCAAAGCCUCAUUGCCACUCGUUACUACCUACGUUGAUCGCGCUUGCUGAAAGGCCUGCUACUGCUGCAGUCAUCGCGGCUGAACUGAGCAUGAAGAUGUUAGAAGAAUAUCAACAAAGCGAAGAAGCUCAGCAAGUAAAAUUGGUCCAGGUAAUAAAACAAGCCAGAAUAAAGAAGAAUUCGGGAAAGAAGUAAAAACGACAAAACAAUUAUACCAAUGGCAUAUGACAAUGAUAAUGGCACAAAACUUUACUAUUGAAGAUACGAAUUUACUUAUACCAAAACUUUACGAGGCCUACUUUAAAAUAAAUAAUUUUAUUAUCUUGGAUGGAGAAUCAAUACAUGAUGUGCCAGACAAAUAAUUGUUAAAUAUUUUGUUGAUCUGGACUUUUAAUUGUUGAAAUUAAUUUUCUGGGCAGUACCUUGAAUAUGGAAUGCAGACAUAGUUUAAAAAAUGGCUGUUUCAAUAAUAAAGUCGCAAUUUUAAAGAGUACACUAAAAUAAAAAUAAAAUAGCCUAACAAACCAUUACUAAGAAAUAAGUAAUUUCAGUGUUACAAGAAAAUACAAUAAGUAAUAAAGAUUUCUUAUCUAUUUUUGUAUCCGAUGUUAAAAAUAUAAUAACGAUUAAUGAAAGUACAAGCGAACAAAUACCGAUACUAUCAAUUGCUAUUGAUUCUCCAGAAAAAUAAAAUAUGAGCAAAGAUUCAAUUAAAAAAGUGAUUAGACAGGAUCAAAGUAUAUUAUCGUACUUUCAGCUUUCCCAAUCCAUCCACUUUCAUGCAGGGAAUUUAGAUGACGAUUGUUAAUGCGAUGGACGAAAAUGAUGUUUUUGCCAAGGUUCUGCUACAUACAUGUGCUGAAAAGAAUGCUUUCAAAAGCAUACAUAAAUUAUGAAAUGUUACUACAAUUCAAUGUAGUUCAGGAUAAAAAUAAUCUGCGAGAGCUCUUGCAACAUUUGUGGCAAUAAUGAGAAUCGUAGAAGAUGUAAAAGAAGCUAUUUUCGUCUCUGCGAAUUUCCAAAAGCCAUUAAGCAAAGAAGUCUAAUUGGCCAAUUUUAUGAGAAACAACAUCAAAAUAGUACAUCGUAUUAAAAAUCUGAACGUCGUGCCAACCGCUUUAUCGCGUUUAUCUACAAAUGUGUCAAUUUUACAUAUUGUCGUGUAGGUUAUUUUGCUCCGUAUUUUUGAGGGUUUCUAAAACUAUUCAAAAGUGUGAGAUGAGAAAUAAAUGUAAUCCUAAAAUUAUAUAUCAAAAUGUUCAUGAAACACUCAAGACAGAUCA